UAUGCUGUCAGUAGUGGCGGCGCGGCUGUCAGUAGUGGCUGGGUGGCUGUCAGUAGUGGCUGGGCGGCUGGCAGUAGUGGCUGGGUGGCUGUCAGUAGUGGCGGGGCGGCUGGCAGUAGUGGCUGGGCGGCUGGCAGUAGUGGCUGGGCGGCUGUCAGUAGUGGCUGGGCGGCUGUCAGUAGUGGCGGGGCGGCUGUCAGUAGUGGCGGGGCGGCUGGCAGUAGUGGCUGGGCGGCUGGCAGUAGUGGCGGGGCGGCUGGCAGUAGUGGCUGGGCGGCUGUCAGUAGUGGCUGGGCGGCUGUCAGUAGUGGCGGGGCGGCUGGCAGUAGUGGCGGGGCGGCUGGCAGUUGUGGCGGGGCGGCUGGCAGUAGUGGCGGGGCGGCUGGCAGUAGUGGCUGGGCGGCUGGCAGUAGUGGCGGGGCGGCUGGCAGUAGUGGCGGGGCGGCUGGCAGUAGUGGCUGGGCGGCUGGCAGUAGUGGCUGGGCGGCUGUCAGUAGUGGCUGGGCGGCUGUCAGUAGUGGCUGGGCGGCUGUCAGUAGUGGCUGGGCGGCUGGCAGUAGAGGCGGGGCGGCUUUCAGUAGUGGCUGGGCGGCUGUCAGUAGUGGUUGGGCGGCUGUCAGUAGUGGCGGGGCGGCUGUCAGUAGUGGCUGGGCGGCUGUCAGUAGUGGCGGGGCGGCUGUCAGUAGUGGCGGGGCGGCUGUCAGUAGUGGCGGGGCGGCUGGCAGUAGUGGCGGGGCGGCU